AUGUUGACCAUGCCACCGGGCGCACUGCAAGGUCAGCGCUCGGCGGGCCCGCCCAAAGUGGUCGGCGAGAUAUUAAAACGCGGGGCCGGCACGGCGCCGACCGUCGUCGAAGGGAUUACGUCGGGCCCCGGUCGGAAGCGCCAACAGCCGUCCGGGGCGCCGGCGGCCGCGGCCAUGGUGUUGGCCAAGGACAUGGCCACAGGCCGCGGCAAGUCGUCCGGCGCCGCCGCCGGUUCGCAAAGCCCCAGAGCCGCCCGGCCGUCGGCAGCUAUUUCGAUCCGACCGAAACCGGUCCCGCCCUCAGUAUCCAGGAAAACGGUGGCGACUGUCGUCGGCGGCUCCAGCAGGAAGCCGCAGCCGUCCAACAAGUGUCGUCGGCCCACGUCCGCCGAACGUGUCAAGGUUUCAAAGUCGGAACCGGAAUCAAAUGAUUCGCCAACCGAAUUAAAUUCACCUGAUUCUGAUGCUUAUUGGUUAGUCCACAAUGAAGGAUUUUCGCCUGUACAAUACACAAGGAAAAAAACUUCUGACGGUUCAUCAAAAGUAUUGGUUAAGGUGUUUGGUGGUAAAGAAUAUAACGUGGACGAAGAAAGCCUAGAAAAGAUGAAUCCAGUAAAAAUGCAGUUGACUGAAGAUUUAUCACAGUUAAAUUAUUUAAAUGAGUCAAGUAUUUUAAAUGUUAUACGUAGUAGAUAUACCUCAAAUCUUAUCCACUCAUAUGCUGGACCCACAAUGCUAGUUGUUAAUCCCGGAUCUCCAUUAAAUUUGUACACUGAUAAGGUUAUGCAUAUGGUUAAAAAUCUUCAUAAGAUUAAUAAACAACCACCACCUCAUGUUUAUGCUAUGGCACAGUCUGUAUACAUGGCAGCUGUAACUACACGUCGCGAUCAGUCUUUAAUUCCUAUGGGAUGUCAAGCAAGUGGAAAAUCAACGUCAUGUAAACAUUUAUUACAAUACCUUGUACAAACAGCAGUAUCUCCUAAUAAGGUUGUUACUCUUGAAAAGAUUGAAGCCAUGUGGACAGUAUUAGAAGCUUUUGGAAAUGCGGCGACUGCAAAUAAUCCAAAUGCUACUAGAUCUGUACAUUUAUAUAGCAUUGAUUUAGAUCAAGGUGGACAAAUUGCAUCAAUGUCCAUUCAAAUGCAUUUUUAUGACAAAUGGAGGCUCAUUGAUCAUCCUCCUAAUGAAUUCUCUUUUCAUGUAUUCUAUUACUUGCUAGCUGGUAUAGAAAAUAUUCCUGCGCUACGUAAAGAAUUAUAUUUAGAUCAAAUCAAUGAUGAUUUGAAGGGAGUUGAUAAAAGUCAAGCAGCUGUGGAGUUCACUAAUCUUCAAUCUGCUAUGAUGAUUCUUGGAUUUUCAAACACUGAACUCAAAGCAAUUUAUGCUGUGUUAGCUGCAAUUAUACAUCUUAGUCACACAAAAAUAGUUAAAAAAGAUAGUAUAUUUAAAGACAAAGUACAAUGGACUUGGAGCAAUUCCGAUGCAGCAAAACGAGCUGCAAAAUGUCUUGGCGCAGGAAAUUCUGAUGAUUUGUUUAGCUUGGUAUUUCCAGAUGUUGAGAUAUUUGUUGAGUGUGAUAUUGGCGACCAACUAAAUGCUUUGAUUGUUGGACUGUAUACAGAGACAUUCAACCUUGUAGCAUCGAUUAUUAAUCGUAAACUAGCUCCAUCCAUCCAUUCUCUUUGUUCUAUUAUAAUUCCAGAUUAUCCAGGAUAUAUUGUUAAGUCAAAGUCUGCAUUAACCAUGUUUGAUUUUUGGACAAAUUAUCUUCACGAACGACUGUUAUCAAGUUAUCAUAAUUAUGCUGUUGUUGCUCCAUUAGAAAAAUAUAAGAUAGAAAAGGUAGAAACAGCUGCUAGUUAUGAAGCUGAGUUUUGUGCUGAAGACCACAUGUUAAAAUUAUUUAUUGGAGCUAAAGGAGCUGUUGGUUUUGGUCGCAGUCCAUCAAUGGUAGAUUUAAAGCCUGAACCAUGCCCUGGUUUGUUGAGAAUUCUUGACGAUACAGCUGGUGAUACUAAUUCAAAUGAUCAAGAUCUUAUUGAAAAAAUCCAAAACAUAUCCAAUGAUAAAUCAUUUUUAAAUAUUCUAAAGAAUGGUAACAAACCCAAUGAAUUCACUCUGGUUCAUUUUCGUGAAACCAUUCCAAUUACAUAUAAUAUUAAUGGAUGGAUAAAUAUGUGUCGUGAUGGUAUGGCAAAGACAGCAAUAGCACUACUCCAUGACUCAUCCAAUAUUGAUAUUUCAACUGUAUUCUCCAAAAAUCGAGGUGCCGGUCUUACAAGUACACUAGCAAUUGUAGACGGAACCCAGUCAUUAAGACGUAUGUCUAGUAUUCGACGAGCUACAUUUGGUAGUCUCAGUACUGCAGCGACACUGAAAAGAAAAUUAACGAGUGUUCAAAUAAGAUUUGCGGUGGAUGGACUAGUUGAAACCUUGCGAAGGACUGGACAGCACUUUAUUCAUUGUUUUAUUGCACAACAUGAAGCUGGUUUUACUAACCGCACUGAUGUUGCAGCUACUAGAGUUUUUAAUUCUAUGUAUAAACUGCAAUCAAUCACGCUGAGCCCUAAUUCCAAUAAGCCAAAUCCAGAACCUGUUGACAUACCACUUUUAAGACAACAAAUGCGUGGAGCUGAUAUUUUACCUACUAUUCGGUUUUAUAAACAAGGAUUUCCAAUUUCUAUGUUUAUUGCUGAAUUUAUUCGCAAAUUUGCUGCAUUUCUGCCUACUAAUUUAAAAACUGAUGAUUCAAACAACACAAUUAAAGAUCACCGACAAUGUGUUUCUGAGAUUAUGAGCAAAGCUGAUAUAGAUGAAUCUUUGUACAAAAUUGGAAUUAAUCAAGUAAGUAAAAUAUUAUUUAUUAAUAUUCUAUACAUAUUUUAG